UGCAUCUCUGUUCAUGUUGGCCAGGCUGGAGUUCAGAUUGGCAAUGCAUGCUGGGAACUUUUCUGUCUGGAACAUGGCAUUCAGCCAGAUGGCACCUUCAAGAAUCAGUCCAACAAGGUCAACGAUGAUGACUCCUUUGCCACAUUUUUCAGAGAGACAGGCACAGGAAAACAUGUGCCACGGGCUAUUAUGGUAGACUUGGAGCAAACUGUAGUAGAUGAAGUGCGGACUGGCACUUACCGGAAGCUUUUCCAUCCAGAACAGCUGAUCACUGGAAAGGAGGAUGCAGCUAAUAACUAUGCCCGUGGUCACUAUACCAUUGGCAAAGACAGAAUUGACUUGGCAUUAGAUCGUAUCCGUAAACUGACCGAUGCCUGUUCUGGGCUACAGGGAUUCCUGAUUUUCCACAGCUUUGGUGGGGGCACUGGCUCUGGCUUCACCUCCUUGUUGAUGGAACGCCUCUCCCUGGAUUAUGGCAAGAAGUCCAAACUGGAGUUUGCCAUCUACCCAGCCCCUCAAGUCUCCACUGCCGUAGUGGAGCCGUACAACUCCAUCCUGACCACCCACACCACCCUGGAGCAUUCAGACUGCGCCUUCAUGGUGGACAACGAGGCCAUCUAUGACAUCUGCCGUCGCAACUUGGACAUUGAGCGCCCCACUUACACCAACCUUAACCGUCUCAUCAGCCAGAUAGUCUCAUCAAUCACUGCCUCUCUGCGCUUCGAUGGUGCCCUCAAUGUGGAUCUGACAGAGUUUCAGACCAACCUGGUGCCCUACCCUCGCAUCCACUUCCCCCUCAUGACAUAUGCACCCAUUAUCUCCUCCGAGAGAGCCUACCACGAGCAGCUGUCAGUGGCAGAAAUCACCAGUUCCUGCUUUGAACCCAACAACCAGAUGGUGAAGUGUGAUCCACGUCAUGGAAAAUACAUGGCUUGCUGCAUGCUGUACCGUGGUGACGUGGUCCCCAAAGAUGUCAACGUAGCUAUUGCUGCCAUCAAGACCAAGAGAACUAUCCAGUUUGUGGACUGGUGUCCAACAGGCUUCAAGGUUGGAAUCAAUUACCAGCCUCCCACAAUAACACCCGGAGGAGACCUGGCCCAAGUGGAACGUGCCGUCUGCAUGCUAAGCAACACCACAGCCAUCGCUGAGGCCUGGGCAAGGCUGGACCACAAGUUUGAUCUGAUGUAUGCCAAGAGGGCAUUUGUGCACUGGUAUGUUGGUGAAGGCAUGGAGGAAGGGGAGUUUGUAGAGGCCCGAGAGGACUUGUCUGCACUGGAGAAGGACUAUGACGAAGUGGGAACAAACUCAUUUGGAGAAGAAAAUGACGGGGAGGAAUUUUGAAAUACACGUUGCCCCUUGCUGCACGCAGGAUUGUCUUUGUGUCUCUUUAUUGCACGUGUCUGCAUUUCUGUUUGCUUUAUACACACAACAGUUCUCAUAGACUGAAUAUUACGAGGUCUAUGUUCCAAGAAUGCUCUUUCCUACCCCUCAAAUCACAGGACAAUGAUCAUAUGAGAUAUGUCCACCUGUCCUAAAUCAAAAUUCCUAGGAAGACAACAAACCUUAGAUACUAUGCCAAUGCACCCUGGGAGAAAGUUUCUUUUUGAGCCGAGUCCCACUGUAUUAUAAUAUUUACUAUAUUUUACUAAUCUAAGGAUUCACUCAUGCAUCUCCAAUAUCAUUAUUUGACAAGUUUUAUUUGUAAUAUUUGCUUUAAAAUGCUAUAUACAGUUGUGGCAGUGAGACUGUGAAAAGAUAGAGGAUUGCUAUUGCAGGAACCAAUGUUACUGAGCAGCAAUGCUUAUCCAUAGGUUCAAAUUAGUUGGAAGAUAAGUCAAUAAAGCCUUCCUAGUUUACAAUGCUAUGAGACCCCUCAUACUAUUUCCUGCUCUUUCAAACAUUUGAUGUAGGACUCCUUGUUGUAGCUUUCUGAAAACUUUGUAAAUGCCUCGGAUAGGGCUUUUGCAAAUGACAAAAGGUCUGAUUUCUCCUUUAUAUUAAGUGCCCUUUAUACAGUUUUUGUGCUGUAAAGGGCCUUAAAGUUAGAUUUAUCCUCCCUUUUGGAUCCCUUAUUACACUAGAGCAUAUAAAGUAGCCUUAAUGUAAAGAAGAAUCAUGCCCAUGAUUUUUAAAUGUUCACAUAUUCGUUAUUAUCAACGUUAAAACAAUAUGUCUGACACUAGUCUUCAUUCAUGAUCAUUUACAUGCAAAAUAAUAAAAGCGGUUUAACCUGA